AUGAAGCUGUCGGCGUUCUCUCUCCUCGCGGCUUUGAUCGCAGGCGCGGCGGCUGCGCCCACACAGGACGCGCCGCUCGCCAAGCGGGCUACUCCCAAAGUCUACCUCGCUGGUGAUUCGACGAUGGCCAAAGGAGGCGGUGGCUCAGGAACUGACGGUUGGGGCCAGUACCUCCAAGCGUCGCUCAAGAACGCCGUGGUGGUGAACGACGCCAUCGCCGGCCGGUCCGCGCGCUCGUACAUGAACGAGGGCCGCUUCCAGGCGAUCGUCGACGUCGUCCAGCCCGGCGACUUUGUCGUCAUCGAGUUCGGGCACAACGACGGCGGCUCGCUCUCCACGACCGACAACGGCCGGACCGACUGCUUCGGGGACAGCACCCAAACCUGCAUCUCGCCCACGACGGGCGAGACCGUCUAUACCUUCGUCUUCUACGAGGUCCAGGCGGGGAAGGCGCUCAUGGCCAAGGGCGCGAAGGUCAUCUUCUCCUCCCAGACGCCGAACAACCCGUGGGAGACGGGCACGUUCACGUACGGGGCGAACCGGUUCGUCGGGUACGCGCAGACGGCGGCGAAGGCGAUCGGGGCGAUGUACGUCGACCACGGGCAGUACGUCGCGAACGAGUUCCAGCGGCGGGGCGCGGCAGCGGUCGACGCGUUCUUCCCGCUCGACCACACGCACACGAGCGUCGCGGGGGCGCAGGUAGUCGCCGCGCAGUUCGUCAAGGCGGUGCUGUGCGCCAACGACGCGCUCGCGCCGUCGGUCGUGAACAGCACGAGCAGCAUCCCGGGGAGCUGUGUCUGA